AUGGAAGAGGAUGCUAAGGGUGAGAAGAUGGUUAUCCAUCAGAUAAAAGAUUGUGGUGGUUCUGCUGUGGGUGCUAAUGAAAUUUUGAAUAAUAAAAUGCUUCCAUCUAUUAAGGGAGAGGGGGAGAAAAAAGGAAAUGAAAGUAAUAAAAUGAAGAAAGGCAGGAUGGAACUGGAAAACAAUAACAACAAGAUGGGGAUUUCUCCGGCAUUUGAGGAGAAGGAGGUUAUUGAUGUUAUUAGGAGUAAUAACCUUGGUAUUUGUGCUGUGGUGGAAUCUCAUGUCAAGUGGGAUUGGGUUUCUAAUAAUACUAGCUGUGAGGCUGGUACUAGAAUUAUAGUGGGGUGGAAUCCUAGACUUUUUGAUGUGAUGAUGAUUUCUCAAUCCAAGCAGGUGAUUUUAAAACCAUCGGAGUAUUCUGAAGGCUGUUCUAAAACCCCCAAAGGAGUUGAAGAUUUUGUUGAUUGUUUAAGUUUUAUUGAAGUGGAGGACCUGAAUUCUUAUGGGUUUCAGUUUACAUGGAACAAAACCCCUGUUGGGAAUAAGAGUCUUUUGAAGAAGUUUGAUAGAGUUAUGGUCAAUUUGAAAUUUAUUUCGGAUCACCCUUUAGCCCAUGCUGUUUUUAAACCAUAUAGAAAUUCGGAUCAUUGUCCAGCUAUUUUAAAUUUACCAGUUGAUAAAGUGAAAUGGAAGCCUUCCUUUAGAUUUGCUAAUUUUAUUGCUGAGAAGGAGGAGUUUUUACCUUUGGUUAAGGAAGUUUGGGAUAUUAAUAUUGAUGGUUUCUUUAUGUUUAAAGUGAGUCAAAAGUUGAAGAUUCUCAAAAAAUAUUAUAGGGAGCUAUGUAAUAAGCAUUGGGGUGCUGGGAAAAGAAUUCAGCAGUUAAGAAAAGAGUUGGAAUGUAAACAACAUGAAAUUGAUAGUAACCCUUUUGAUUGCAAGAUUAGGGAAGAGCAUGCUAAUAUUCUCUUUGAUUUUAAUGUUGCUUGUAAUGAUGAAGAAAAACUUCUUGCUCAACGUGCUAAGAUUAAAUGGUUACAUGAAGGGGACAAUAAUUCUAAGUUUUUUCAUAGAAUUGUGAAGAUCAGGGGUAAUAUUAAUCGUAUUCAGAUGGUUCUGGAUGAAGAUGGCAGAAAGGUUUGUGGGAAGGCUAUGAAAGAUAAGUUUGUUUCUCAUUUUAAUAAGUUUUUGGGUUGUAAAGAAGUUACUGUGCUAUCGGGAUUAAAUGAUGAUUUUUUUCAUAAAAAAUUGGAUAGUAGGGUGGCUGUUAAUAUGAUUAGAGUGGUUACUGAUGAAGAAAUCAAAGCUGCGAUGUUUGAUAUAUAUGACAAUCGUGCCCCUGGCCCUGAUGGGAUCAGAAAUUGUUUGGGUGAUAUUGUUAGCAAAAAUCAGUCAGCUUUCAUUCCUGGUAGAUCUAUUUUGGACAAUAUUCUCCUUGCUCAGGAGCUGAUGGUGGGGUACAAAAAAAAGAAGGGAGCUCCUAAAUACACCAUAAAGAUUGAUAUACAAAAGGCAUAUGAUACGGUGGAUUGGAGUUUUCUUAAUAGAAUUUUGCAGGGAUUUGGGUUUCAUCCAGUUAUGGUUCAGUGGAUUAUGGCUUGUGUUUCUUCUCCGUGGUUCAUGCUUAAUUUUAAUUGUGAAGAUCAUGGGUAUUUUGAAGGAAAGAGAGGUCUUAGGCAGGGAGAUCCUUUAUCUCCUUACCUAUUUACUAUAGUUAUGGAGGUGUUUAAUAUCAUUCUUGGUAAGCUUAUUGAUGAAUCCCAGAAUUUUAAGUUCCAUAGUAAGUGUAUGGCCCUCAAUAUUUCCCAUUUAUGCUUUCCUGAUGAUCUGUUGGUUUUCUCUUAUGGUAAUGGGAAUUCGGUUAGAAUUAUAAGGGAUGCCCUUGAUGAAUUCAAAAAGGUUUCAGGGUUGAAGGUGAGUAUGGAAAAAAGUCAGAUUUAUUUCAGUUGUGUUAAGCCAAAUAUGAGAAGGAUUAUCUUGGGUAUCCUUCCUUUUGAUGUUGGGAGAUUUCCGUUUAAAUAUUUGGGCGUGCCUAUGUGUGUCACUAAGCUGUUUGAAAGAGAUUGUAAAAAGUUGAUUGAAAAGAUUAAGAUGAGAAUUUUCAAUUGGAAAAGUAAGACAUUAUCGUUUGCUGGCAGGUUGCAAAUCAUUAACUCUGUCUUAACAUCCAUUCAUGUUUAUUGGGCUUCGAUCUUUAAAAUACCCAUUGCUACUAUUAAUGAUAUUGAAAAGAUGUGCAGAAGUUUCUUAUGGGCUAAUGGUGAGAUAGUCAAAGGGAAAGCUAAAGUCAAGUGGCAUGAUAUUUGCAAGCCUAAGGAGUAUGGUGGUCUGGGAAUCAAGAAUUUAAGGAGAUGGAAUGAUGCUUUACUUGCUAAACAUAUUUGGAAUAGUAUGAGCUGGACGUGGAAGAGGUUUUUGGAGAUAAGGAAAAUUGUUAGGCCUCAUAUUGUUUCGUGUGUGGGAAAUGGGAGGAACACAUCUCUAUGGCAUGAUUGGUGGCACCCAAUUGGUAUUCUAGGUACUAUUUUAUCUAGAAGAGAUUGGGUUAGCAAUGGGCUUAGUGAUUCAUCUUUGGUUGGAGGGAUAAGAAGGAAUGGAGUGGCAAUGGAUGGUGUUGGGCAAGAGCUGCAAGAAGUUGAAGGAUCCCUUGUUGAAGACUAUGAGGAGGAAGGAGAAUAG